UCCUACAGAGAGCGGGGAGGCGGUGUCGGCCCCAAAAAGACGUGCGUCGUGUGGCCUUUCUUCCCCUUGAGUUGGGGCUAGAAGCGGCGCUGCCGCGUCUUAAAAUUGAGGACGAGAGGCGCUCGGCCGGUGCAGGGACUGCGGCGGCGGGGCUAACGCUGCUGAGCGCCAUGUCGCUGCAGAAGCCGGCCGAGAGCGGAAGCGGAGGAUUGGCGGGUUCUCCGGAGGCGGAGGAAGCUGAAGAUGGCUCGCCCGGUCCGUCCUUGCCGCCCCCGGUGUUGCCCUGGGACCGUUUCUCGGCCUGGUUGCACUGCGUGUGCGUGGUGGGCUUUGAUCUGGAGCUCGGUCAGGCUGUGGAGGUAAUAUAUCCGCAGCAUUCAAAACUUACAGAUAAAGAGAAAACCAAUAUUUGCUAUUUGUCUUUCCCAGAUUCCAAUUCAGGUUGCCUUGGAAACACACAAUUUUGUUUUAGGUUUCGGCAGUCUUCUAGCAGAAAGCUUUCGUGGCACUGUUUACUGGAUCAGUUGGACAGAGACCUGCCCAUUUACUUGAAGAAGGAUCCUGCAUAUUUUUAUGGAUAUGUGUAUUUUAGACAAGUACAAGACAAGACAUUAAAGCGAGGUUACUUCCAGAAGUCUUUAGUUCUGAUCAGCAAGCUACCUUAUAUUCACUUAUUUAACACUGUGCUUGGACAAAUUGCACCUGAAUAUUUUGAGAAAAACGAACCUUUCUUGGAAGCAGCUUGUAGUGAUGUGGAUCGAUGGCCACUGCCGGUCCCAGGGAAAACUCUUUAUUUACCUAUUAUGGGCAUUGUAAUGAAGGUGCGGAUUCCUACCUGCCACGACAAGCCUGGAACAACCCAAGUAUUACAGUUGACGCACCAGGUAGAUUCACAAAUCUCCAUUGCUUUGCCUACUGUCUAUGAAGUAGAUCUCUUUAGAUGUUUCUCGCCAGUGUUCUUUCACAUCCAGAUGCUGUGGGAACUAGUGUUGUUAGGGGAACCAUUAGUUGUCAUGGCACCAUCACCAUCAGAAUCUUCAGAAACUGUGUUGGCACUUGUGAGCUGUAUCUCACCUUUGAAGUACUACAGUGAUUUUAGACCUUAUUUUACAAUACAUGAUAGUGAAUUCAAAGACUAUACCACUCGUACACAGACCCCGCCUUCUGUCAUAUUAGGAGUGACAAAUCCAUUUUUUGCUAAAACACUGCAGCAUUGGCCACACAUCAUUCGAAUAGGCGAUAUCAAAGUGUCAGGUGAAGUCCCAAAGCAAGUUAAAGUAAAAAAGCUGAAGAACUUAAAAACCUUGGAUUCCAAACCAGGUGUUUAUACAUCAUACAAGCCGUACUUAAACAAAGAUGAAGAUAUCAUAAAACAAUUACAAAAGGGAGUACAACAGAAGCGUCCUGCAGAAGCCCAAAGCAUAAUCCUUCGACGUUAUUUCUUGGAAUUGACUCAAAGCUUCAUUAUUCCCCUAGAACGAUAUGUAGCAAGUUUGAUGCCCCUGCAAAAAAGCAUAUCACCUUGGAAGAGUCCACCACAGCUGAAGCCAUUCAGCAAAGAGGAAUUUAUGAAAACUCUUGAGAAGGCAGGGCCUCAGCUUACCUCUCGGAUAAAGGGGGACUGGAUAGGAUUGUACAGGCAUUUUUUGAAAUCUUACAAUUUUGAUGGUUGGUUCCGGACACGGCGGAAAGAAAUGACACACAAGCUGGAGGCGUUGCAUUUAGAAGCAUUGUGUAAUGAGGACUUGCUUUUCUGGAGUCAGAAACACACUGAAGUGGAAACAGUGGAUCUAGUCUUAAAAUUAAAGGCUAAAUUGACUGAUGGAAAAAACUUACCUGUGAAACCUGGAACUAUGGAAAAGUUAAAGAAGCACAUUGAUUCAAUUAUACUUGCACAGCCAGAAGAUUUACAGGGUAUCUUGGCCAAAACUGGUUCCGUGUGACUAAUGAAUACUGCCAUAUUCAUCACAUCACACAUUUCAAAGGCAUAAGGAGGACACUUUCAGAGAAUUGGAGAACUACAAGUGUGAAAAGUAUCUUGUAAUGGAAACACACCUUACCAAUGCUUUUAAAAAGCUUUUUAAAGCAGCCUUGGAAACUCAACUUGAAUAUAGAAGGAAGAUGUUGUCAAUUAUAUGUAAAAUUAAGUGCUCUUAUUGAAUCUUAAUGUAUUUUAGAAUUAGAUGUGCAAUGCUGGCGUUGCAGAGCUGCUUCAGCUGGUGGUGCUCUGCCCAAUUUAUUCCACUCAGGGGAAGCAAUAUUCCUGCUGGUUUGGAAGACUGUCCCACUUCAAGAUGAUAGCUUGUAGUUCUCCAGUGGGUAUUUUCUUUUCUUAUUUUAUCUCCUACUAAAAUCUCAAAUUGCUGCCUAACCCUGAUAGCUGUACUCAGACAUCACAGUACUGUUCGCCAAAAUACAGUUCACCACUUGGGAGCACCCCAUGGCCUGGUACAGUCCUCCCACUCUUCUACUUAUCUUUUGGGAUCUUUGCAUUAAUUGUAGUCUGAUACAGUAUCCUGUAGAAAUUAUAGGUAAUGAGAGGACUGAACUGAGGUUGAAACCCCUUCAGAUCCUGGUUUUAGUCCCCAACUUGGAAGCCAACUGAUUACCAGUAGUCCCAGUUUGUGCAAGCUUAGAUGCCCUAGCAAAUUAUAAUGUUAUUAAUUAAUGUGUGGAUGUGGAGAGUUCAUGGAUCCAAAUGAGGACAAGGAAGAAAGGGAAAUAAUGUGCUUCUGAUCACAUCUGCUUUGUGACACCUGAAUUAAGCUGAUUAUCGUGGGGUCAACAUAUAACAAUAAAAUUACUUACUUGAUCACAGAUCUGAUUCUAGAUGUUAAUUAGCUAAACUAUAAACUAAUCAAUUUAAUGCUUUUUCUUAAGAUAACUUUCUUUUAGAAACCUAUGAAAAAACUAUCAUUGGUUUCUCUCUCUCUCUCCUACACAAUUUUUGUAGAUUUCAGUGUUUCUCAUUAAAAACCUUUUAAUUAGACAUUUACAGUUGAAGGCUUUAUUGUACUGCAGCUAAACUUAAAGUGUAAUAUUAACAUUCAUUUUCAAAGUUUAAGGAAUUAGAAAGCUAUAUACAAUGAUCAGCUGCUUUUCUUACUUACUUCAAAAGUCACAAAUCACCUUCUUGGGGAAACCUUUGAAUCAGCCCUUACCUCCCAUCUCUCUAUAUUAUUGAACUAAGCCAAAGUCCAUAUAAAUGAAGCAGGCACACAGUCUUCAUGUUUACUCAUUCUACUUGUCCUUUGUAAAAUACCACACAUAUCAAUGCAGUAUGUAAAUAAACAUUAAAAGAUUUGCAAAAAUAUAUUCACAUCAGACUGGCUAUAGAAAUCAUUGCACAUCGAAUGGGCUACUGUACUGAGAAAGAUUGUUUCCUUAGGUUAAAUGUGUAAGUGAGUGGUCCCUUCUGACAUUUGCUAGUGUAGAGAGACGGGGGUUCCUCAAAGGCAGCCUACUGUUUUAGGUGAAUUCACGUGACACGUUAACUGUUAACAUUGGUGGGCAUGCUCUUGCUGCCACAUUACCCUCUUCCACCUGUUUACUGCAUCAGGCAGACCCAACUCAGCUACCAUCUUGGAUGAAUGGAAACCAGACUUUGUCCCUUGUAGGUUAUACGCUGGUUUCUGGAAAUCCAAAAUGUUAGCCACUUUAGGGCAUAAAACACAGUAAAUUGCCAGCUUCAGAAAAAGAACCAUAUGCAACAGGGAGUGGCACAACAAAAUACUGGUGUUCAUUAACAGAAGUAAUUUGCACAACGUGUAAGUAUAGGUACUGUUUUGGAUUAAACAACCCCACACCCUGUAUAUUGAAACCAGAUACGUUCUGCAGUUUUGUCCAUAUUCAGUUGAUCCAAAAGGACAGACUAGAUGUAAUUUUCCAUGUUGGACUGGACUAACAAUCAGUUAUUCCAAAUUAUGUCUACUGCAUAGCUACCAUAAGAACACUAAUUUGCAUUAAAUUACUCUCUCUUCCAGUGUUACAAACUUUUAAGGGUGUUUCACUAUUUCGCUAUAUUUAGAAAGACUGUUUUAAUCCAUUUAACUUAUAUUUCUUUAAAGAGCUUUUGCAAAUCACAACUGUCUGUACUCUAAGUUCCCACUGAGCCAUUUUCCACUGGCAAUAAAUAAUUGCAAAUGUGUAACUUUUUUGUUCAAACAAGCAUUUUAUAACUGUAUAUGAAAUAGGACUUGGAGGAUUUGUUCCAAGAAUGUUAAACCAGAUCUACUGUGUCCAAAGUUACAUGUACGUAUGUACAUUCAUAACACAGAGAUUUCAUAAUUACCAUUGUCACUGAAUGUUUUAUUCAUUUUGAGUAAAAUUAACAUGCAGGCGUUUUGUAGAGAAUUGCCUCUGAAUGACAUUUUGUACUAUUAUUUAGAGUCCUUAGGUUUAGUUACAAACUGCCCUCUGUAUUUUUAAGAAAAUGUAUUUUAAUAUUCAUUUAUAUGAAUUCUAAAUCAAGAUGAAAUUGAAUUGUAAAAAGCUGACUUCUGCAAUUAUGCCACUAUUGCAUUACUGUCUCUCACAUUCUUUUGCACAUUUUAAAUAUGGCCACUAAAUCUUCAUUAACUGAAGCAUUACAUAGUACAUUUGAACUAGCUACAUUAGCUUAUUUUCCAAGUGUAUUUUUAAAUGAAAUAAAUAUCGCUUUUACAGAAA